UCCUCGAUUCCUGGUUAGGUUUUGGUAGCUCCCACCGGCGAGUUUCUUCCAAGGGAGUUUCCUGUUUUUGUUCAGAGCUCAUCGUCCACAACAAUGACGCCAUUACUGUAUCUGUAUCUUCGAAGGCACUUUAUUCGAUCUCUUUCAUCAUCUUCUUCAUUAUCAGCUUGUUCGUCUUCCAGUUCUUUCAAUGAGCGGACGCGCAGUGUUCUUUUACAUCGGAAUUUGACGUCUCCCUUCCACCAUUUUGGUCACAAUGGGGCGGCAUUGAGGUUUAAUUCUCUGUCGCAACUUUCAAUUUCUCAUUCGUUCUCGUCUGAAUCCGGUCAUUCGGAUCAAACAUCGCAGUCACUUGCAUCAGAGCUUCUUAAAGACGCCGAUUCGGAUCCUCUUCCCAUCACGAAGCGCCUUGAACUUAGCUUUUCGCAUGUUAAGCCGAAUCCCGAGUUAGUUCUCAAUACGCUUAAUCUCUCCUCAGAAGCUGGCCGAACGGUUUUAGGGUUUAACGAGUGGUUAGUAUCGAAUCCCGAUUUUCAUCACACGGACGAUACCAUUUCGUAUUUUGUUGAUUAUUUUGGUCGUAGAAAGGAUUUCAAUGCAAUUCAUGAGGUUCUUGUGAAAGGUUAUGGAGUCAGUGGGGCUAAAACCCUGCGGUCGUCUAUUGAUCGGCUUGUUCGUGCCGGGCGACCCACGAAGGCGGUCUCAUUUUUUGAGAAAAUGGAGAAGGAUUAUGGGUUUAAGAGGGAUAAAGAGUCGCUAAGGAUGGUGGUGGAGAAGCUCUGUGAAAAUGGCUGCGCGAGCCAUGCGGAGAAGAUGGUCAAAGAUUUGGCUAAUGAAUUUUUCCCUGAUGAAGCAAUGUGCGAUGUUCUUAUCAAAGGAUGGUGCGUCGAUGGGAAGCUUGAUGAAGCAAAAAGAUUGGCCGGUGAGAUGUAUAGGGGAGGGUUUGAGUUAGGGACAAUGGCCUAUAAUGCUCUGCUUGACUGUGUUUGCAAGAUUUGCAGGAAAAAGGAUCCGUUUAGGCUUCAAUCUGAAGCUGAAGAAAUUCUGGUGGAAAUGGACUAUCGUGGGGUUCCACGAAAUGUGGAAACUUUCAAUGUGUUGAUAAACAAUCUGUGCAAGAUUAGGAAAACUUCUGAUGCAGUAAAUUUAUUUCGUCGAAUGGGGGAGUGGGGAUGUCUACCCAAUGCUGAAACGUUCCUUAUUUUGAUUAGAAGUUUGUAUCAAGCGGCAAGGACUGCAGAGGGGGAUGAAAUGAUUGACAGGAUGAGGUCUGCAGGAUAUGGCGAUGCACUUGAUAAGAAGGCUUAUUAUGAGUUUCUGAAAAUUUUGUGUGGGAUCGAGAGAAUUGAUCAUGCUCUGAUUGUUUUUGCAAAGAUGAAGAAGGAUGGGUGUGAACCUGGGAUCAAGACGUAUGAUCUAUUGAUGGGAAAAUUUUGUGCCCACAAUCGUCUCGAUAAAGCGAAUUCACUCUUUAAUGAAGCCCAGAGAACAGGAGUGCCUGUUGCUCCAAAAGCAUACCAGGUGGACCCAAGAUAUGUAAAGAAGCCAAAGGUAAAGAAGGCUGAGAAGAAGAGGGAGACACUGCCUGAAAAAAUGGCGAGGAAGAGGAGACGACUGAAGCAAAUUCGACUGAGUUUCGUCAAGAAACCGAAAAAAGCAAUGCGUCGAGCAUUUUGAUAAUGAUAAUGAAACUGUGCCAGAAUGUAUACUGACGGCUAUGGUAGCUAUGAGUUGAAGUUUGCUCUUCAAACUUUGAUGAAUUCUUUUUCCUAAUGUUCUCUGUUUUCUUUUGCAUUUUCCCCUCCUUCCUUUCAUAAUAUUAUUAGCGGCAGAGAAAUAAGAGAUUUUUCUUUUUUUUUUCUUUUGGUAUUAUGGCUUGAGCUGAAACAUAUACGCGCAGCUCUGACAUAUCCUAAUCAUUCCUUAUAUUGGGCAAAGGAACACUUAAAUUUCGGUGGAUUGAAAUUCCAUGUUGUUUAGGAAAUUGUAACGUACGAAUACUGCAUUGUUUUUAAUUCUCUUGUUCUGGCAAUAAUAUCAAUAAUAUCUGUCUACAGAAUGUAAAA